ACUCUAUGAAAUGUCAUGGCAGCUGUUGUUUCAAGUUUUGCUGUUGUUUUUAGAAAAUAGUUUAAUUUAGUUCUUGUUUGUUAAUUUAGGAUUCAGCUAUGAAUACAGGGACAUUAAGGAUGGAUUCCCAUUAUACAGGUCUUUGGGUGAGCUUCUUCACAACAGCUGGUAUCCCGUCGGACGUGGCCGCCACCUACGCCCUGACCUUCACAGAGAACCGGAUACAGAAUGACAUGCUGCUGGACCUCAACAAGGAGUACCUGAGGGACAUGGGCAUCACGCGCAUGGGGGAUGUCAUUGCUAUACUCAGACAUGCCAAGCAAGUGCAUGAGAAUGCAGCCAGAGACAGAGUGCUGAACUCGGCAAAUGGCCCCAAAGUGCCAGUAGCUGCAGUCGCCGGCCGCCUCACCUCUGUUGCUCAGGCUAAACCUUCUUCACCCGCAAGUCGCAUGCUGGAACAUUACACUCGCAACUCCACGCCGGAGGUGUCGCCGCCCAAACCCGCACAAAAGAGGAAACUAGCAGACACAAGUGCUGAAUCUGAACCAGCUUUAGACAUCAAGAAAAACCGCUCCAUCCGCUUCGGCAAGCCACAAGCUAUUGUCCCUGAAGGUCCUCUAGUCAAGCAGACGGUGUUCGCCCGCCUCGGGGGCUCGGAGCCCGCGCGCCCCGCCCCCGCCCCCGCCCCCGCCCCCGCUCGGCCCAUCUUCUCCAGACUCGGGGCCAAGAGCGACGCCCCCAAGGAACCAAUCAGCGCACCCCCCAUACCCGUACCCAAAGAUGCCCUCAAGUACGAAGGCAUCCUCAAGAGCAACCCAGUCAAGAAAGUCAUGACAGUCACCGCCUCAAAGAAUAAUAUAAGAAAGAUAGCAGUUGGAACAAUGAGGGCAGACGAAUCGCCUGUGAGCGUUAAAGAGAAGCUAGCGGUACCGAGUAAGACAAAGUCUGUUAAGUUUUCCAAUAAAGUUGAGUACAAGGAGAUAGAGAAAGUGAGUAAGCCAGUCCAGCCGGCUAAGUUCACUCCUGUGUUCAAUAAGCCCGAGAGGAGACUGUCUAUGCCCGAUGGGUCAGUUCAAGCCGGGGUCAAAGCCAGGCUGGGUACGAAGGAUGCUAACAAUUUCACAAUCACUAAGAAUGUUUUCAAGAGGCUGGGAGUGUGAUGGGACCGUGGUUGGUAAGUGGACUGUAUUCGAUUUCGUAUUUAGUAUUGUUGUAUGUACCAAGACAGUUGGUAUUUAUGUCAGGAUUUGAUGGAAGUCUACAGAGGUGAAUCUGUAACUUUCACGGGAAUGUAUGUUUGUAGUAAGGGCAACUGAUAAUAGCUGUAACAGGCUGUAAUAAUCUGUAUGAUUUAAUUCACGGUAUUUCCAUAAUUGCCUCGUGGAAUAAUCUCGUAAACCUUUAACCA